AUGAAAACACAAACUAAAAAAGAUGAUGGUACCGGCACAGAGGCCCAGGAAACCUCAGGCCCGGCAGGUGUGGGUGAGCUCGCCACACAGGUCGUGAUCAGUAGCUCUGGUUAUGCGAAAAUGAAUAUGGAACGGCUAAAUAGGAUUAUGAAGACAACGGAUAGUGUACUAAGACUCAGAGGAGGAGGAGACUCCGAAUUUGAUGAUGGCACAAAUGCUAGUACAAGUGGUGCGAUGGCAGUCGAUCAAGGGACUAUUAACCAGCCAGCAAAGGCGAAAUCGGCUAGUGUCGAUAACGUGGCUUUGCUAAAGAAGUUGAAUAACCACAUUGAGUUUAUAGAGCAGACGGUCAUAAAUGAAAGGACCAAGAAACUGACUGCCGGGGCUGCAGACGGCAUAAGCGCCAGGCUUAAGAAUAUUAGAGAUAUCCAUACGGAACUCUGCAUGGAGAACAGCCGCCUCCAAGGCGUUACGCAGUUCAGUGCCGCGGAACUUAAGGGUUUGCUGGACACGUUCUCCAGAGCGCAAAAAGAAAAAAGUAAGGAGAUAGAGGAACUCCGCCUCGAAAACCUCGUGCUCAAAGAAAGUUUGGAAGAGCUAGCCAACAACUACGGACCCAAAAAGGUAACUUAUGCCGAUGCGAAAAGCAGCGCAAUUAAAAGCGUUUUCAGCGCAGAAGAGGCGCCGGGACCCGCUGCUCCGCUAACAACGGCGAAGGGUAACAACAGAGAAAAGCCCAAGACCAAGGCUUCUAAGAGAAAGUCACUCGAUAAGUGA